AUGACAACUAAAGGAUUUAUAUUUGUAUGUUUUUGCUAUUUUAACUUGGCUCAUGCAAGGCCGCAAUAUCAAGAGUAUUUGCAAAGUUUUUGGGAUAAUGCAAGACCGGGUGAGCUGUUAAGGUCCUUGGAUACAAUUAUUUUGUCCACACAACCUGUACAAGAAGAGGGAGAAAUAAAUCACAACAAUUCACCCAAUUAUGGAACAGAAAAUACACCUUUGCAACGAAGAAUUGAUGAGGGAUCGGAAGAGAGCAUAGAGGAGAGAUCUCCCUAUGAUUAUGAUAGAGCCUAUGAAGAAUUUGUAAAUAAAUAUUUUGAAGAUUCUGUAACUGAUGCUCUUUCUGCUAGCGCUAGCGCUGAACAUGCAGAUAACGAACAACACGAAGCAGAAACCUAUAGUGGUGAAGAAGAGGAAUCUAACGAAGCUAGUGAUCCUGCAAGUGAAGCCAGCAAACAAUCGGCAAAAACAGAAAUAUGUAAAAAGAUUGUGCGAGAUCAACAAAAUUGUUUGAUUUGUAAAAACCCUCGAAAUGGCGAAAAAUCUGAGAGUUGUUCAUAUAAUAAAGAAACUAAACCUCAAAGAUAUGCGUUUGAGAAACAAAAAAACUACCGCAAAUAUCGUGCUACUCCGAAAAGUAGUGAAAAUAAAGAUUCCAAGGAACAUGUUUCAUCUGCAAAGACAUCCGCUUCUUUAAAGAAACCGAUUGUACACAAUCCAAAUAAAUCAAACAAUACUUCAUUUUGUACUAUGAACAAAAUAAAGAAUAAAAUUUGCUUUAAUUGUGAAACUAGUAAGGGUGAAAAGGUCACAAAAUGCUAUGCAGAAGAUAUGCCAAUAAAAAGCAACUCAAAUGGUCAAACCAGUGACAAGAAAAAACAUGAAAAAUCUCAUCAAAGAAUCUUUAAAAGAACACUUAUGCAUAGCUAUGAAAAUAAUCCACAUACAGUUGGUUUAAACAACAAUACAAAUGUAUUAGAAAAUCCUUUAAUACAGAAGGAUUUUCUACAUUAA